AUGGGGCUGGUGGGGACGGCGGCCGUGCGGGACCCCGGCGGCGCCGCGCUGCCCCGCGGCUUCUGGGCGGCCGUGCGCGUGUGGCUGGAGAAGCCGCAGGUGGCCAACAGGAGGCUGAGCGGCGCCGCCGUGCAGGCGGAGGGGACGGUGCCGCUCGGCGAGGGCGGGGAGACAUCUCCGUGCUUCGCCGCCGUGGGAGCGGGCGGGGAUGGCGGCGCGCAGGAGGGGCCAGCGGCGAGGGCCGCGGAGCUGGGCCGGCUCUGGAGGGAGGUGCGGGGCCAGCUGUCUCUGCCGCCGCCCCUCGUGGCCUGGGGCGGGCCGGGCGAGCUCCGUGCCGUGCUGAGGACGCUGCUGCCCCGGGGCCGGCCCGCCGCGCCCCCGGGCCGGGAGCUGGCGGUGCAAGAUGUUUACAAUGGAACUGUGACCUUUCUGCCUUUGGAGGAAAACAGUGAAGGAAAAUACCUGGUUAAAAAGUGCAAUAUUUAUCAAAUUCAACUUAAACACAUAAAAGAUGAGGAAUGGUCUGUAUCUGUUGUUGCUCCAUUUCCAGAAGAGUGGUUUUCAGAUGGAAUUGUGUACCCCAAACUAGCAUGGCUUGGAAAUGAACUUUUGUCCAAACUGGCUAAAUGGUCUGUGGAGCAAAAGCCCAGUGAGUUUAAAAGCACACUGUCACUCAUUUCGGUAGCAAAAUACAGCCAGGUUUAUCAGGACCUCAAAGAAAAGUACAAAGAGAUGGUAAAGGUGUGGCCUGAAGUGACGGAUCCUGAGAAAUUUGUUUAUGAAGAUGUUGCCAUUGCCACUUACUUGCUGAUUCUUUGGGAAGAAGAGAGAAAAGAGAAAGGGUUGACCAAGAAACAAUCAUUUGUAGAUCUUGGAUGUGGAAAUGGUUUGCUGGUUAAUAUUCUGAACAAUGAAGGGCAUUCAGGCAGAGGAAUUGAUGUGAGGAGAAGAAAAAUAUGGGACAUGUAUGGACCAGAGACCCAUUUAGAGGAAGCUACUAUCAUUCCCGGUGACAGUCAUCUCUUUCCAGAUACUGACUGGCUCAUAGGAAACCAUUCAGAUGAGUUGACACCAUGGAUACCUGUGAUUGCAGCUAGGUCUUCCUAUUCAUGUUGCUACUUCGUGCUGCCAUGCUGCUUCUUUGAUUUCCAUGGGAAAUACAUCCGAAGACAAAGCAAGAAAACUCAAUACAGGGAAUAUCUUGAUUUUGUUGCCCAAGUGGGCUUCGUAUGUGGCUUUCAUGUGGAAGAAGAUUGCCUUAGAAUUCCGUCAACAAAAAGGGUCAGCCUUAUUGGGAAAAGCAGGACCUAUCCAGCUGCAGAACAUGCUCUGAUUGACAAGCAGAUAACACAGUUUAUUAACAGUCGUCGUAGCUGUGCUGUGGCCACGUGUGACAGAAGGGUUGGUUUUAACCAUAAGAAUCACUGUGGUGGUCUGUGCAAAGAAGCAGACUCAGAACCUCCUGAAGACGAGACUGAGACAGCUGGUACAAGUUGGAUGCCUGGAUUUCAACCCAGAGAAAAAGUAGAACAAAUCAGAAAUUGUGCUUCCCUCCCUCGGGAUUUUGUAGAUGAAGUGGUUCUCAAUGUGGCGAACUUGCUGUUAAAUGUAGCCCCCCAGAAAUCAUGUUCUGAUAAGCAGGGUGGAAAUAUGAAUACCUGGAAUCAAGGAGAAAGCCUUUCCUUGAGAGAAGUAGCAGAACACUUGAAUAAAGAGACUUUAAAAAGGCUGAAAAGUGAAUAUGGAGGCCUGCAGACACUACUUAAGAACAAUCAUCAAGUAUUUGAAGUUCUAAAUGGAAGAGUUCAUAUUCGUGACUGGAGAAAAGAGAAACCACCAAGUAAAACUAAACCUGAAGUGAAACGGCGCCUUUCAGCUGAAGCAUUUAAAACACGCCUCUGUUGGUUUUUCAUUCAUCAUCCUGAUGGUUGUUCUUUACCUUCUGAAGCUUGUCCAUAUGCCCAUGGGACUGAGGAGCUAAGACAGUCUCAGAUAAUUAAAAAAAAAAAACAUAUACAGUAAUAAAAUGUUGCAACUUGUGUUUAGGCUUAUGUACAUAAGAGAAUCUGUGGCUGACUUUGGGACUGCCUAGUGCAUGAACAUCUGUACAAUAUGGAGGCAUUUUCCUCAGUUCCGUGCCUCUUAUUUUGCAGUUGGUUUACAAGUUCUCCUGUAUUUCUAAUUCUUUAUUUUUUUAAGAUAUAGUAAAGUACAUAUCUAUUUUUGGA